GACGUCGUUGAGCUCCUCGCGCUGUCAGUGGACGAGAGUGGCUGUGGUUCAGUGCUGCGUGGAAGUUAGCAAGCCAAGUAUUCACUGCAAAAUCCACAGAUUUGUUCAGGUCAGAGAUGGCCCUCACACAGGUGUCUGCCAAUAAAUGUGCCGGUGGCUUCCAGAAGGUUUUUGAACAUGACAGCACUGAGCUGAAGUGUAAGAUGAAGUUUGCCAUCUAUCUGCCCCCCAAAGCUGAAACAGACAAAUGUCCCGUCAUGUACUGGCUGUCCGGUCUGACGUGCACGGAGCAAAACUUCAUCACUAAAGCUGGUAGUCAGCUGGCUGCUGCAGAACACGGCAUCAUCAUCGUGGCUCCAGACACCAGCCCACGCGGCUGCAACAUCGAAGGUGAAGAUGAGAGCUGGGAUUUUGGUACCGGAGCUGGUUUCUAUGUUGAUGCGACGCAGGACCCCUGGAACAGCAACUACCGCAUGUACACUUACAUCACUGAGGAGCUCCCUAAACUUAUCAACGCCAACUUCCCCACUGACCUGGACAAGAUGUCCAUCUGYGGACACUCCAUGGGCGGCCACGGGGCGCUCAUCUGUGCCCUGAGGAACCCUGGGAAAUAUAAGGCUGUGUCUGCCUUCGCCCCCAUCUGUAACCCCAUCCAGUGUCCCUGGGGUCAGAAAGCCUUCUCAGGGUACCUGGGCCCUGACAAGUCCACAUGGGAGGCGUACGACGCCACCGUGUUGGCAGCGUCGUACUCUGGCCCUCAGCUGGACAUCCUCAUCGAUCAGGGUCGGGAUGAUCAGUUCCUGUCGGCCGGUCAGCUGCUGCCUGACAACCUGAUCGGCGCCUGCUCCGACAAGAAAAUCCCCGUCGUCUUCAGACUGCAGCCGGGCUACGACCACAGCUACUUCUUUAUCUACUCCUUUAUCAACGACCACCUGAAGCACCAUGCCAAGUACCUGAAUGCCUGAGCUGCUGCUGCUGCUCUCCAACAUCUGUCUUCUGUGAGCUGCUGCUCUCCUGCCGACUCAACAUGACUUCCUGCAGGACUGAGAACAAACUAACUCUAAUCAGACAAACUAAGUGGAGUCAGUGAUGUUUGAUGCUUCAAUAAGAGCAGAGAAACAGCAAACCAGUUUUUAAUGAGAACUGAGUUGUCAGUAAAGAAAGGCUGAUGUUUGAGAAUAAAACUUCUAUCAGUUCUGUGUUGAUUAAA